UGAAACUCUAGUUGCCAGCUGAACUUCUGAAUCGGGGUUCGGAGAAAGGGACGUCAAGGCGGUCCCGUCAGCCCAGCUAGAGUGACACGCAAACAGCUGGCUACCUUGACCUCUUCUCAGAUCGGGAUCUCGUCAGUACUUGCUUCCAGAGGACCGAAGAUUUAUUCCCAAAAGUCUACGUCUGCUUCGUGCGCCAUUGAUCAGACCCUCGCCGACCAUGUCCACCACCACCACCACCAUCGCCACUAUGGGACAUACGCACAAGGCGCCAGCCAUGUUCUGCGCACCCGGCAACCCCCAGGAUGUGAAGAACGGCUUUGGAGGAUUUGGCGACAGCAUCGACGCCGUCGCACCAUGGCCGAGCGGCUCCCGGCUCCGCCUCACGAUGCUGUCAAACGAGAAAGUCCCGGGUUGGGUGACUGACAUCAUCAGAUCGGCCGUUACCGAGUGGACAAACGGCCUCGGCGAACCGCUCGAGGUCCAAUGGGUCUCUGCGAACGAGACAUCGGACAUUCGCAUGUCAUUCCGGAACGACGUGCCAAGCUGGAGCUGCGUCGGAGCUCGGGCGGCUAUGUACGAGCAGUCGAAGCCGUCGAUGAACUUCAACUUUGGGGGGUGGAAGGGUAGCAAGGCCGUGUACUCGCCCGCCUACGUUAGGCGACUGGCUUAUCAUCUGUUUGGCCAUGCCCUGGGCCUACCGCACGCCCUCCUGAGCCAGGGGCCCAUUCAAUGCAAGCCGGGCGAACUCGAGAAGUUGUGUGGCCCCUACUACGCCCAGAUGCUCGGAUCUGCAAAAGGAUGCAGUCUGCUGCGGGACACCCAGUCCAUCAUGCACUACGAGGUUCCCGCUGCGCUGGGCAUGAAGGGUAUCGAUCUCCUCCAGGGAGGUCGUGCCAUCGACAGUGAGGCCCUCGCCCUCGUUCGCUCCCUCUACCCCCCAGUGCCGCAAUCCAGCCUCGUCACCUGCAUCGCCACGCAACUCCCCGGCUUCCAGUCGGGAUGGAGCGGCACGGCCAAUGGGAAACGCUUCAUCAGCACAGCGCAGACGGCAAACUUCGUGACCGGCCUCAACAAGGUCGAUCUGGGCACCAACGGCAACUUCCGUGUCUAUUCAGAAAUCGUGGACUGGCAGCGGGGGUCCGGGUACUCACUCAAGAUAAGAACAGAUGCCGAUGCUCACCUGAUCGAUGCGACUUGCGACGUGCUCUCGUUUGACGAGGCAGAUCAGAGAAUCAGGACCGGCCUCGUCAAUUGGCAUCACUUGCCCGGUGGGAGCGCGCGUUCGUAUCGCGAGAACUUUUCGAGGCCGUUCAAUAAGCCGCCUAAUGUGGUUGCCUUUAUCAGCGGGUUUGACAGUGUUAAGGGGAGGAACAUCCGCAUCGAUGUGAAGGCCUCGGCCAUUGACAGGAAUGGCUUUACCCUGGAUAUCAGCACCUGGUCCGACUCCAUCGUCUACCAGAUUGCAGCCUCUUGGAUCGCGCACGAACCGGACGACUGGACCAUCCGGUCCGGUACCUUCUCCCAUCCUUUCGAUCCGAACCUGACGCUCGUCGCCCGGUGUACCAGUCACUACAGCAGCCCCAUGCGUAGGCGGCCCAGUAAGCUGUUCUGCGCCUUCUCACAUAUUGACGUCGGUCCCCACUCCAACGUCCGCCUGGGUCUGACAGCAGAGUGUGAUGAGAACAAGGUCCAGAGCAUCUUGUAUACGUGGGAGCAAGAGAGCAAGUUUGUCGUGUUGGCUGGGUCCUAUGUUGCUAUUCUGUAAGAAGUCAGUCGAGUCGUAGAGUUUCACGAUGGUAGCUUUCGUGUUUUUUCCUUUUACAAGGAUAACGAUUCAACUGGUCACUGUGCUUUUUGUUUCGAGAGCCAUUUCCGAGUACAAGCAAGAUAUAUUUCU